CACAUGGAGCGGCGCCAGCCGCCGCCGCAGCUGUCACCCGCCCCGGCCCCGGCAUAGCAGGUAACUCAAGGAAAAUGGAAACAGAUGAGGCUCAAGAUAUGUCCCAGGUUUCAGGAAAAGAAAGUCCUCCAACUAGUGAUGUCCCUGAUGAUCCAGAUGAACCUAUGCCUAUACCAGAGGACCUUUCAACUAGUACUGGAGGUCAGCAGAGUUCUAAGAAUGACAGAAUCUUGGCUGCCUAUUUCUCUGUCCUGCGAAAGCCACCCUCUACAUCCAGUUUCCCAGGAGCUGCAUACGAGGCGGAAGGCUUUAGGGACUUUCAUGCAAUAAUUCCCAAAUCUUUUUCCACUGGUAAUAUUAAAAUAGAGACUCAGAGUGAUGAAGAGAAUGGGCGUGCCUGUGAAAUGAAUGGGGAAGAAUGUGCAGAGGAUUUACGAAUGCUUGAUGCCACAGGAGAGAAAAUGAAUGGCUCACACAAUGGCCCAGGCAGCAAGGCUUUGUCAGGAGUUGGAGGCAUUCGACUUCCUAACGGAAAGCUAAAAUGUGAUAUCUGUGGGAUCAUUUGCAUCGGUCCCAAUGUGCUCAUGGUUCACAAACGAAGCCACACUGGAGAACGGCCUUUCCAGUGCAAUCAGUGUGGAGCCUCCUUUACCCAGAAGGGUAACCUCCUGCGCCACAUUAAGCUGCACUCAGGUGAAAAGCCCUUCAAGUGUCACCUGUGUAACUACGCUUGCCGCCGCAGGGAUGCUCUCACAGGACACCUGAGGACUCACUCAGUUGGCAAACCCCAUAAGUGUGGAUACUGUGGUCGCAGUUACAAGCAGCGCAGCUCUUUGGAAGAACAUAAAGAACGCUGCCAUAACUACCUUCAAACCAUUAAUCUCUCAAGCAGCAUCUAUCCAGUCAUAAAAGACGAAAGUAACCAGAAUGAAAUGGCUGAAGACCUGUGCAAGAUAGGGUCAGAAAGAGCCCUCGUGCUGGAUAGACUAGCAAGUAACGUCGCCAAACGUAAGAGCUCUAUGCCUCAGAAAUUUGUGGGUGACAAAUGCUUGCCUGAUCUUCCAUAUGAUGCCAGCAUCAACUAUGAGAAGGAGAACGAACUCAUGCAGACACACGUGAUCGACCAGGCCAUCAACAAUGCCAUCAGUUACCUGGGGGCAGAGUCCUUGCGUCCCCUCGUCCAGACACCGCCGGGUGGCUCUGAGGUAGUGCCUGUCAUCAGCCCCAUGUAUCAGCUCCACAAACCUCUUGGGGACAGUCAGAUUCGCUCCAACCUCCCUCAGGACAGUGCAGUGGAAAACUUGUUGCUGCUUUCCAAAGCCAAAUCUGUCUCCUCGGAACGAGAUGUCUCUCCCAGUAACAGCUGCCAAGACUCAACAGAUACAGAGAGCAAUAAUGAGGAGCGCAGUGGUUUGAUCUACCUGCCAAACCACAUAGGUGGCCAUGCGAGAAAUGGCAUCUCUAUAAAAGAAGAAAACAGGCAAUAUGAUGUCUUGAGAGUGGGUACUGACAAUUCCCAGGAUGCUUUCAAAGUGAUCAGCAGCAAUGGGGAGCAAGUAAGGGUUUACAAGUGUGAACACUGUCGAGUCCUUUUCUUGGAUCAUGUGAUGUAUACGAUCCAUAUGGGCUGCCACGGGUUCCGCGAUCCUUUUGAAUGCAACAUGUGUGGCUACCACAGCCAGGACAGGUACGAAUUCUCUUCCCACAUAACUCGAGGAGAGCACCGUUUCCACAUGGGUUAAAACACUGGCACAGAUCAAGCCUCAACAGCUGUGUUACUGGAGCUGCACGAGCCAUGACAGCAACAAAACGAAAGUCAGCUGGACAGUAAAAGUCACAAGAGAAUCAUAAGUUCAGCAAUGUUCUCCCACAAGAACAGGGAUUUCAUUUUGGUAGCAUGCAUUGCAACUCAAUUUUCUAAAAUGAGUUUUUACUGAAAAUGUCUGAUCACCAAAAACCCUUAGUAAUGUAAGUAGGACUUUUUGUAGUCACAUAUCUGAAGGUCCUUCCUUGAACUGAUGCUUCCUGCAAGCCCCCCUUGCCAGAACUCUUAACCACACACAAGGUGCUCCACACAACAAGGACAAAAAAGGCAGCAGUGGCUUUCUCUCUUAGCACCCUGAGCAUACAUCUCUUCUA